CACACAUGGGCGGGGCCGCGCACACACACUCACUCACACUGAAAACACAGCCAGGUGUAGCUGAGCCGCCUUGCGAUAAGGAAGUACCGGCUAGAAACCCGGAGCAACAAGCGGCCUCGUACUGGAACGUUCUCCUCGGCCGGGCAUGGCAACCCGAAGACGGAGAGCCGAGGAGUGAGGAAGAGGAAAAUGUGACAGCGAGGGAAGGGGAGGGGUAUAGAGAGCGGAGAAGAGAGAGGAAGGAAGGAAGGGGAGGGAGGGAAGAGAGCAGCUUGUGGCAGGCUGCUGUCGCUUCCAGUGCAGCACAGGCAAGACACAGAGGCGUCCUCCUCUCCUCACACAUCUGGGGACCGAGGGCCACCUACCUGCCUGUCCCCUCCCACCCCACACUGGGCUCCAUGCUGGACUGAGCUUCUUCUUUUCCUCAGCAACAGAAAGGACAACAAGAGAUUUAUUUUUAUUUAUUUUUCUCCUUCUACUCAUCAGUCCUGUCCCUCCUCUCCAGCACAGAUCACCUGCAGCAGCAGCAGCAACCUUCCCCAUCCUCCUCCUCCCCCAGCCUCAGGGGCCAGGACCCUCCUGUGUGUGGGGUGCCCAUCAACCACACAAAAAAAGGGGGAGACCAACACAAGAAGGGAGGAGGAGAGCAAAGGUGGGGGGGUGAGAGGACAGUGGGAUCUGGAGGAGGUGGUGGUGGUGGUGGUGGAUCAAGAGGCAGAGAAGGGUGACCAUGAGGAGAUUUAAAAAGGUGCUGGACGGCCUGACAGCCGUAUCCUCCUCUUCAUCAUCGUCUUCAUCCCAGCCUGGAAUCAGGGAGGUGGAAAUCCCAGAGACCCUCCAGUCCGAGCACUUCCAGCUCUGCAAGACGGUUCGCCAUGGAUUCCCCUUCGAGCCCUCCGCUAUGGCAUUUGAUCCAGUGCAGAAGAUUCUUGCGAUUGGAACGAACCAUGGAGCUUUAAGGCUGUUUGGGCGGCCAGGAGUUGAGUGUUAUUGCCAGCAUGACAGUGGUUGUACAGUAAUCCAGCUUCAGUUUCUGAUUAAUGAGGGAGCGCUUGUGAGUGCCUUGACGGAUGACACUUUACACCUUUGGAAUCUGCGACAGAAGAGGCCCGCCAUAUUGCAUUCAUUGAAAUUCAGUAGAGAAAGGAUAACAUUUUGUCACCUGCCUUUCCAAAGCAAAUGGCUCUAUGUGGGCACAGAAAGAGGAAACAUUCACAUUGUCAACGUGGAGUCGUUCACGCUCUCAGGCUACGUCAUCAUGUGGAAUAAAGCCAUUGAACUUUCAUCAAAAUCACACCCAGGACCUGUUGUCCACAUAAGUGAUAAUCCAAUGGAUGAAGGAAAGCUACUAAUUGGUUAUGAGUCUGGCACAGUCGUGUUAUGGGACCUCAAGUCAAAAAGGGCGGACUAUAGAUACACAUAUGAUGAGGCAAUCCAUUCUGUAGCUUGGCACCAUGAAGGAAAGCAGUUCAUCUGUAGUCAUUCAGAUGGCACCCUGACAAUAUGGAAUGUACGAUCUCCUGCCAAGCCUCUACAGACAAUUGUACCACAUGGUAAACAGAUAAAAGAUGGAAAGAAGCCAGAACCAUGCAAGCCUAUCCUGAAAGUGGAAUACAAAACGACAAGAUAUGGGGAACCCUUUAUUAUCCUAUCAGGUGGCCUGUCCUAUGACACAGUUGGAAGAAGACCCUGUCUAACCGUCAUGCAUGGAAAAAGCACAGCUGUCUUAGAAAUGGAUUAUCGAAUUGUGGAUUUUCUUACACUUUGUGAAACUCCCUAUUCUAAUGAUUUCCAGGACCCUUAUGCUGUUGUUGUACUUCUAGAACAAGAUUUAGUAGUUAUAGAUCUUGCACAAAAUGGAUAUCCUAUAUUUGAAAACCCUUAUCCACUGAGCAUACAUGAGUCACCUGUAACGUGCUGUGAGUACUUUGCAGACUGCCCCUCAGACCUUAUCCCUGCACUUUAUUUUGUUGGGGCCCGGCAAAAACGACAGGGUUACAGUAAAAAGGAAUGGCCUAUCAAUGGUGGUAACUGGGGCGUUGGCACACAGAGUUAUCCGGAGAUAAUUAUUACAGGCCAUGCAGAUGGAUCGAUCAAAUUUUGGGAUGCUUCAGCAAUAAACUUGCAAAUGUUGUACAAAUUAAAGACCGCAAAAGUGUUUGAGAAAUCGCGAAACAAAGAGGACAAGGCUAGCACGGAUAUCGUUGAUGAGGAUCCCUAUGCUAUCCAGAUGAUUUCCUGGUGCCCUGAAAGCAGGAUACUCUGUAUUGCAGGUGUUUCAGCCCAUGUAAUAAUCUAUAGGUUCAGCAAACAGGAAGCGACAACAGAGGUCAUCCCGAUGCUGGAAGUGCGAUUGCUUUAUGAAAUCAAUGAUCUAGAGUCUCCAGACAUUGAACAAGUGUCAACUCCCAGUGGAGGAACCAACCCACAACCCAUUGUUCUGCAGUCUCAUCCAUCCACAAGUAGUAGUUCUUCUGAUGGUAUCCGCGACAAUGUACCUUGUUUAAAAGUUAAGAGCACUCCUUUAAAACAGUCAGCUGGCUAUCAAGUAGAACUGGUGAUACAACUUGUGUGGGUCAGCGGUGAACCUCCUCAGCAGAUAACUAGCCUGGCUGUUAACUCCUCCUAUGGCCUAGUAGUAUUUGGCAACUGUAAUGGUAUUGCAAUGGUAGAUUAUGUCCAGAAGGCGGUUCUGUUGAAUCUUGGCACAAUUGAACUAUAUGGCUCAAAUGACCCAUACCAGAGGCAACCACGCUCUCCACGCAAAACGCGGCAACCCUCAGGAGGUUUGCUGACUGUGGCUUCUUGCAUGUGCGGCCUUUCUAGUUUAUAUUCUGAGUCUGUGAAAAAACUCCAGUCUUCUUAUAUAACGGGUCUUUGUGACAUUAAUGAGAGCACGCCAACCUCAGAGGAUCGCUGCAAAUCCCCCACCUCAGGUUGUGGCUCUUCCCCUUCUUCUGAUGAUGAUGAACAAUCAAUGAAAUUAUUUAUAGAAAAGGUGAAGAUCAAGGGCAGAAAGUUUUCCAGGGCGGUAGCAACUGAUAUAGCAAAGAUGUCAAGGAAGUUGAGCCUACCUACAGAGCUAAAGCCUGAACUAGAUGUCCGAGACAAUUCUUUCAGCCGGUCACGGAGUUCAAGUGUGACCAGCAUAGACAAAGAAUCACGAGAGGCAAUAUCUGCUCUUCAUUUCUGUGAGUCUUUCACCAGGAAACCUGACAUAUCUACGGCACCAUGUUUAUGGGUUGGAACCACGCUAGGUACUGUGUUGGUCAUUGUUUUAGGCCUGCCACCAUCAGGAGAGCAAAGACUUCUUCAGCCUGUUAUUGUGUCUCCAAGCGGAACAAUACUGAGGCUAAAGGGCGCAAUCUUAAGAAUGGCAGUUUUGGACUCUCAAGGAGUUAUAAUUCCACCAGCAUCUGAACCUUGGAGGGAACCCAAUGCACCUGAAGAUAAGGAUGAUAAGGAGCGAUUGAAAAAACGGAGGCCAGUUUCAGUUUCGCCCACCUCGUCUCAGGAAAUCAUUGAAAACCAAUAUGCAGUGAUAUGUUCUGAAAAGCAGGCAAAAGUGAUCUCACUGCCCUCCCAGAACUGCAUUUAUAAACACAACAUAACAGAGACUUCUUUUAUCCUCCGUGGAGAUAUAGUGUCACUGAGUAAUAGUACCUGCCUUGCAUGUUUCUGUGCCAAUGGACACAUUAUGACUUUUAGUUUGCCGAGUUUAAGGCCGCUGUUGGAUGUAAAUUAUUUGCCGAUAACCAACAUGAGGAUAGCCCGAACAUUCUGCUUCACGAACAAUGGGCAGGCAUUAUAUCUGGUCUCAGCAACUGAAAUCCAGAGAAUCACCUACAGCCAAGAAACCUGUGAGAACCUACAGGAAAUGUUGGGGGAACUGUUCACACCUGUCGAAACGCCAGAAGCACCUAACAGAGGGUUCUUUAAAGGCUUGUUUGGAGGUGGAUCACAAUCACUCGACCGAGAAGACCUCUUUGGAGAAACGGCAUCUGGGAAAGCAUCACGGAGCCUUGCUCAGCACAUUCCUGGACCUGGGGGCAUUGAAGGAGUUAAAGGAGCAGCAUCUGGUGUUGCUGGUGAUUUAGCACGGGCUAGAUUGGCCCUGGAUGAGAGAGGACAGAAACUUGGAGAAUUAGAAGAUAGGACAGCUGCUAUGCUUGCCAGUGCUGACUCCUUCUCAAAGCAAGCUCAUGAGAUGAUGGUAAAAUGCAAAGACAAGAAGUGGUACCAGUUCUGAUAAACCAGACCCAAAAAUAUAUACAUUUGACUUCACCAGGAAGAAAGAUUUUACCGAAAACAUCAAUUUUUCUCAACAUUUCUUUCUGCAGGACAGUUGGGAUCAAGGGAUGUGCAUUCAUUUUGGUUACUGUUUCCUAGCACAAAUCAAAUACUGUCUUACCUCAGUCGUGUGGCUUUAACUGAGGAACAUUACAUCCAAACAGAAUCUCAGUAUUUUCUCCAAGCUGUGUUAUGAGGGACAAGACAGAGUGCAGCCAGCAAUUUAGGUAGUAUGAGAUGACCCAUGCAAGAAUGACCAAGAUCGAACAUUAAUUUUUAUUUUUUUCAUUUCUUUAAUAUUUUGUGCUUUUUUUAUUUUUGUCUUUACGGGUGUUUCACUUUUCUUAACAAAAAAAAAGGCGUUAUUGAACGUUAAAUCUGGACUACUAGCAUCUGCCGUCUGUUAGUUUGUCUACAGAUUUCACUGCUUCUUAAGGGACAUAAAAUAAAAUGAUGUAUUAACUGCAGUAACUGCACAAGUGAGGUCGGAAAGAUACAUUCAUCUCAGAAAAUAAUUGGUCACUUUCCCUGUUAUCGAAGGCACUUUGACAUAUAAUUGUUUUCAUAUCUACAUCAGCAGAGCUAGUAAUACUUGUAGAAGUAUAGUUACAAAGUAUCCUGAGUGAAUUCCUGGGACAGUUUUGCCUCUGAGCCAAGAGUGUCCUAACUUUGCCAGGAUUCAUCUUUGUAUCUCCAGAAGUCUGUUCACUUGCAGGUGAAGGUUCAUCUACUUUUUCACUAAACCGUAAUCUAAAAUGAGCAGUCCAGAUUUGUUGGUAUUUAUGCACAUGUCAUGAAUAUUUGUUGUCCCAUACUACCUUAUACAUUUUUUGGGGGGGCUGUUGCAUUGUUUGCUUUUCAUAUGUGGGACCUUUAGCUCAGAGCUACUUCAUAACCCUUUUGCCUCCUGCGAAAAUCGAUCUUAAAUGUUUUUACAUCAAAUGUUCUGUUGCUUUACUGUUGAUAAAGAUGGGUGCACUGCUGUUGAGAGGGAAAUGAGAAGGUAUCUCAAGUUAUGUGUUUAAUGUUUGUUUAAAGAAAAAAAUGCAAAAUUUCUAAUCAAUUUCCUGAUCUUUAUUAACUGGAGAACACCUUUGAUUUAUUAGAUUAUGCGAGUAUGAAAAGUUCAACUAUAAUUAAUUUUCCUCAAAAAUACCAUGUGUGUAGGUCAGACAUACACAUACCAUCAAUUUCCCUGGGUUGCACAAAGUAAAACAAUGUCUAUCCUCAUGCAUUAUUCAACCCUACUUAAGUAUCUUUUAGGAAGAUAUUCCAAGGAACAGUGCUGUGUUUUAGUGUGCUGCAUGUAGUGCAGUAUCCAAAAAGUGCUUUCUCUAUAGCGUAAAUGUUACUGCAUUUAAAAUGAAUGUAAAAUGCAUCAGAACACAUGCAGCAAAUGAAAAUGUGGAGGCGUGGUGAAAGGGCUCUUUCUCCUUUCUAUACGCAGUUGUGCUUAAUUUUACAAUAGUACAAAGUUGACAAUUGGAUUUUUUAUCAUUUUCAUAGUGCGUUCAAAUUGAGCAUUUUACAUAUGUGCAAAUUGUGCUUAGUUCUCAGAGGAUAUUCAAACCCAAGAAAAAAUAUAUUGCAGCUUACCAGUCUAUAGAUGUGGUGGUUGCAUUGCUUUUAGCCUACAAAAGCACAGAACAAUCUCUUCCUACUAUCUGUAACUUAUUCUCCAUUCCCCAUAUUUGGAGUCCAGCCAGGGUGGAAAUUAUGGCUCCCUGUUUGAUAAAAUGGGGUGUGCAUUGCCACGUGACAGGACGUGUUGUUCACAGGGUUACCAGGUGAAAAUUGAAAGGGAAAAAAGCCUGUAAAAAAAAAUUGGUCACCCCCAUCCAAGGAUGGUAAGCUUCAAUAUAGUUAGUUUUUUGUUUUGAGUUUAGAUACACCCUAAGUAAGCUUUAUAAUGCAAAGUAGCUCCUAAAUGAUCAGUUUCUUGUGAGACGAAUUGGGCUGUACAGGGGUCUAAAAAAACAAAUUGUGUGAAUCCCAAACUAGCCCCCUUAUUCCCAAUAAGAUUAUUGUCCUGAAAAAGAAUCCCUUUGCCCAACAGCCAAAGUCUGUUUUAUUUGUCAAGUACAGUUAAAGAAAAAGACGGCCCGGUUGCUGUGGAUGACUAGAACAGUUUUUCCUGCAGGUGCCUUUAUUAAGGCUUUGCAUUUUUUUCCAGUUAUCUUGACAGACUCCAGAAGUGAAUUCUAAAUAAUACAGCUGUGCUGCCAUCUGUAUAUGUGAAAUGUCCAGGCACAAACUAUUCAUGCAAUUUUCAGUCACAUAAUCUGUAUAACCAGACAUCAUCUGAUUUCUGCAAUCAGUCUUUCUGAAUUACAUGCUGCUGACUCCUUGUGUGAUUGCUAGACAGUCACGCGUUUGGAGGGAUUGCCUUAGAUCACAUGAUCAGCAUCAUCUGAUAAUGCGCAAUAAAUCACCUGUUCAUGUCACGUCAGUGUCAUGUUCUUGAGAGUCCAAUUAAAUUACUACUGGUUGUCUUAUUUGUGAAAUUGACUUUUGAUGUCUGUAUAGUUUGGUCUUUACAUUGUUCGCAAUCUCUGAAGGCCUGAGUUUGGACAUACUACCAUAUUCAUAACUAGAUGUUUAAAGGUGAUAUGAGCUGCACAAUUCUAAGAGGAGUUCAGAGCCCACAUACAAAGCGGUUGUUAGUGUGUCUUAUUACCCUUCCUCACCAGUUAAUGUUAUUAUCUGUUAGCUGAGGUAAUCCAUUCAUUUAUUAAUAGUUCAUUUCUUUUUAAGUGCCUAUAAAAGUAGCUAGAAAUAAAUGAAGUGUAAUUUCUUAUUACAGCAGCAUUGUACAUUUGUAGUUUGCAUGUACAAUUACAGUAUUAUGUUUAGGGCAUGCAGUUCUAAAGAUAUAUUUUUCUAUUUAUUUUAAUCUUUUUGGUGGCAGUUGUCCACAUAUUCUUUUGGCAUGUUGCAGUCAUGUGAUGACCAGAUCACGUGACUGUGAUGAUAUAUCUGUGCUUUGAAUAAAAUUAGUGAACACUCCAGUGUCAUGGGUAAUGGAGGCUCUGUAACUGGGCACUGACUUGUUUUUAUUAUAUUUAAAUAAAUAUAUUUGUGUAUGAUCGAAAGAACAGUGCAAUAUAUACUCGUAAAGGAGAAUCAAAGAAAAGUCUUUUACCAGUAAUGAGAAACCUAAAACGCAUAUCAUAAUAUGAAUAUACCAUAUUGAAACCAUUUAGGAUUUUUUUUUUUUUUUUUUUUUUUUUU